AUGUCGGUGAUAGCUACUACUACUACGACUCCCACUCCCACCCCCAAUGUCACAGAGGCAACCGCCAAAUUGAGUCAGAAGGAAAUAAUACCCACAAAGACCGACGUUGGUGCUUUGGCAAAUAGAAUAAAUUUAGAAACUCAAACAUUACAUAAUAAAGUAGACAAGAUGGUCACUUUGAAAAUGGCUAUUGCGUUACGCAACUACAAGGUGUUUAGACAAGGAUUACAGGCCUUUUAUCACGUCUUUGCAACUAUCGAAACCUGUUUACAAAAUCAACUUGAAAACGACCCAAACUCAAAAUGGUCAAUCAUGCUCCAGCAAGUUUGGAAGCCUGAAAUUGCUCGUAAGGCUAAAGCAGAACAAGAUCUUUUAUUCUUUUACGAUGAUAAUAAAUCUAAAUUUAUCAAUGCUAAAAUGGUCGAACAAAUCAACUUUGUAAAUCACAUAAAGCAGGUUACACUGGAGAAACCAUACCUUUUGUUUGCUUAUUUUCAUGUGAUGUAUCUUGCUUUGUUUGCCGGUGGAAGAAUAAUGAGAUCCUCGUUUACAAAAGCAACAGGAAUGUACCCAAAGAAGGACGGGUUGACUCAUGAUCAAAUUGUGAAAUUGGGAACAAAUUUCUUUACAUUUGAUGUUGCUGAUGAAGAUAUGUUGCGUGUGAUUUACAAGAGAGAUUAUGAACUAGCCACGAGGAAUGGAUUAACUGAAGAACAGAAAUUGGAAAUCAUCGAAGAAAGUAAAUAUAUUUUUGAACAAAAUGUCCGUUGUUUAGUUGAAUUGGAAGAGUAUAACUUGGAAAAGAUUCAUGGUACUUGGACUUACUUUGCUUUUACCAAAGGAACUUACGCUGUGGCUAUCGUAUUGUGCGUUUUGUUGCUUCUAUAUGCUCAGAGAAUACUUUCUGGUUAUUUAUAA